AUGGCAGAGUAUGUGUGGGCAAGUGACGCGAGGUUGCUAGGCGCUGGAGCGGACGGAGAGGUAAGGGUUGGGUUCCACCAAAAGACUGGAGACAAAGUAGCCAUGAAGAAGAUGUACGAGCACGAAUACCUUUACGAUACCAUCAUCAACGAGUCGGAGAUCCUGGAAGAGCUUGGCGAGCACGACAUCAAGGCCGUGAUGCGCCAGAUCCUGGAGGGCCUGGCGUGGAUUCACGCGCACAGAAUCGUGCAUCAAGACAUCAAGACGAGCAACGUUCUCGUCAAAAGGGAUGGAGAGAAGAAUAAGUUUGUGGUGAAACUGGCGGACUUCACUACUGCGAGGAGGCUGCAGACACGUCCCUGGUCAAACAAGGUCGGGACCCUAACGUUUAACGCUCCGGAGCUUCUCAAGGGUGCCACCAGCUUUGGCACCGCAAUCGACGUGUGGAGCGCCGGGUGUAUAUUCGAGGAGAUGCUCCUGGGUAGCAAUCCCUUUGACGUGCCCGACGAAGAGGAUGGAGACUCGCUCAACUAUUUUGUGGCUGAUUUUGCCAAGAAGCUGGACAUCGAUGGCUGUGGCAUGGGCUAUCAAGACAGGCGCCGAGAACGAGCACGCGAGAGGAUCUUGCAGAAGAUGGCGUGGUGGAAAGCCGAGGACGUCAGAAGCAGAAUUAAAGACCCCAAUGCAGUGGAGCUGCUCAAGAGGAUGCUGGCGAUUGAUCCAGCGAGGAGGAUCUCGGCACAAAACGCCUUGAAGAUGCCAUAUUUCCAAGAGAAGGCCGAGGACACAAUUGUGGAAGCCAGGCGAAUGCUUCCGACAAUGACGAUUGCGAGUGGAAACUUGAGGCCAGCUUGGCUUAAAAUCAACAACACAACCCCAUCAAUAGCUAUAAUGUAA